ACCUUUUUGUGUUGAGACCAUUAAUUUCAAAGCCAUGAAACCUUUUCUUAAUGUCUAUCAAGUACUUUGGAGCCUCAUCAUACUGAUCAUGCUAGCUAGCUUUACACCCCUAUUCAAAUCCCUGAAACAUAGUCACAACAAAAAACCAAGACUCCCUCCUGGUCCCACACCUUGGCCUAUAGUUGGCAAUCUUCCACAAAUGCUAGCAAACAAGUCUGCAUUCAGAUACAUACAACAAGUCAUGAAUGAUCUCAACACUGAAAUUGCAUGCAUCCGUUUGGGUAACAUCCAUGUCAUCCCAGUGUCAAGUCCUGAAAUUGCACGUGAGUUCUUGAUAAAACAGGAUUCUGUUUUUGCCUCAAGACCCUUGAACUGGUCCAGUGCGCAUGUUUCACAUGGAUAUCUAACCACAGCUCUUGUCCCCUUUGGAGAACAGUGGAAGAAAAUGAAGAAAGUGAUCACCAAUGACUUGCUUUCACCCCUCAGGCAUCAAUGGCUUCAUGACAAGAGGGUCCAAGAAGCUGAUAACCUUGUCAGUUUUGUGUACAACCAAUGCAGAAAUGGUGGUGGACUAGUGAAUGUGAGAGUUGCUGCACAACAUUAUUCUGGGAAUGUGAUAAGGAAGUUGGUUUUCAAUAGAAGGUUCUUUGGAGAGGGUAGGGAAGAUGGAGGACCUGGUGUUGAGGAAGUAGAGCAUGUAGAAGCACUUUUCACUAUGCUGAAGUACCUCUUUGCCUUCUCUAUUUCUGAUUACAUGGCAUGCUUCAGGGGACUUGACUUGGAUGGUCAUAAAGGGAACAUAAAGAAGGCUUGUGAGGUUGUGAGAAAAUAUCAUGAUCCAAUUAUUGAAGACAGAAUUGAGAAAUGGAAGAAUGAGAAAAAUACAGAUCAAGAAGGCUUGCUAGAUGUUCUCAUUUCACUCAAAGGAGCUCACAACAAUCCACUUUUGACUGUGGAGGAAAUUCGGUCUCAAAUUAUGGAAAUAAUGAUCGCAACAGUUGAUAAUCCAACAAAUGCACUUGAAUGGGGACUUGCAGAAUUGAUAAAUCAGACUGAGCUACUACGAAAGGCCACUGAGGAAUUGGACAAUGUGGUAGGUAGAGGAAGGCUAGUGCAAGAAUCAGAUUUCCCAAAGCUCAACUAUGUGAAGGCUUGUGCAAGAGAAGCUUUUCGUCUUCACCCCAUUACAGAUUUUAACAUUCCCCAUGUUUCAAUGGCUGACACAGUUGUUGCUAAUUACUUGAUCCCAAAGGGUAGCCAUGUGUUGAUAAGGAGACAAGGAAUUGGCCACAAUCCAAGAGUUUGGGAGGAACCACUCAAGUUCAAACCAGAACGUCAUCUUGAGAGUGAUGGGUCUAAUUUGGUUUUAACAGAGCCAAGCUUGAAGUUGAUAACAUUCAGCACUGGAAGACGUGGUUGUCCAGGACUCAUGCUUGGAACUUCAAUGACUCUUAUGCUAUUUGCAAGGUUGCUUCAUGGCUUCACUUGGAGUGUGCCACCUAAUCAGUCUAGAAUUGAUCUCUCUGAAUCUGAUGGAGAUACCACCAAAGCUAAGCCUCUUGUGGCCUUUGCAGAGCCAAGGUUAUUGGCAGAGGCUUAUCAUGUAUAUUAAGCAAACUGUAGAAGCCAUAUAUUGAAAGGAGUGACAAUGAUCUUAAACUUGAGUCUAGAACAAAAAACUUAGUUGAGCUCAGCCACCACCGAUUGGUAUGUUUGUUGACAGAAAUUACAAAAUUCCUUGAAUAAAAAUUUAAAAUGUAGUUGUUUUGUUUCAAACACACGUAAAAGAGUAAGUGCACUCUACCACAAAAGUAAUAUAAGAUCAUGCACUUACUUUUA